AUGGCCCAUCUGCUUCGCGGCAAACAAGCUGGAGUACAGACUGACUUAUCUGCCGGCCUUAGCCCAGAUCUUUUCGUUAUUGACGAGAUCAAUCGCUAUGGAAUCAAUUCUCAGAUCUCCCAGAUCGCGUAUGAUCCUGUACAGUCCUUGCUCGCCGUCGGCACGAACGACAGCCAGUUUGGGCCUGGCCAGAUAUACGUCUUCGGGCAGAGGCGCGUUGAAGUCGUCCUUCCGUUGCCGAGGAAAGCCUCCGUCCAGAGCCUGCAGUUUUGUGCCGACAAGUUGCUGUGCUUAGCGAAGAAUGACUUCUUGGUCUACUCAUUGGAAACCAAGAAGAAAGUGACUUCGUACUCGCUGCCGGGCAUAGUAACGGCCAUACAUAGUGACCCCACCCUGGACUAUGCACUUCUGGGCAUGCAGAACGUAGGCGAUAUUCUGGCCUAUGACCUUGACCGUCAGGCAAUGGCGCCUUUCAAGAUUCCAAACAUGUGGAAUGACUUCAACCCAAAGGCACGGGUCAGUCCGAUCGUGGCACUAGCCUUUCAUCCUAGGGAUAUAGGCACCCUACUUGUAGGCUAUUCCGAAGGCGCUGUGAUGUAUUCGUUCAAGCAAAACAAGGCUUUGCACCAUUUUCAGUAUCGACUACGACGAGGAGCCCCUGGAGGAGACUCAGAUCCGGCAUCGAUCAAUACCGAACGCAGUCCAAAGCUGACUCAAGCUGUAUGGCAUCCAACUGGGACGUUCAUCUUGACCGGUCACGAAGAUGGAAGCCUCGUCAUCUGGGAUACCAAAGACGGCCGCAUUGUCAUGGCAAGAACUUUGCAAGACACUGAUAUCGACAAGCCAGGCACAGAAACCAUCCCUCUUGGAGCUACUCCUGGUACAUUCUCAUUGAGGGAACCUGUCUUUCGACUGGCAUGGUGUGCGAAUCAAGAUCCCGAAGAUACCGGUAUACUGAUUGCCGGAGGCGCUUCAAUGUCAUCACCGACAAAAGGUCUUACGUUUCUCGAGCUUGGACGAACACCAAGCUAUGCUACGUCGUCAUGGCAGGUUCUUUCCGAUCAUUUCAAAUCCCCGAAGCGCCAGAGAAUCUUGCCCACGCCUCCAAACGCCGAAGUCGUUGACUUCUGCAUCAUACCCCGCUCCUCGCCCUUCUUUGCCGGUGCGCAGGAUCCCAUAGCUAUACUCGCACUACUCUCAUCCGGCGAAAUCAUCACCUUAAGCUUUCCGAGUGGAUUACCGAUCACGCCCACCAACCAACUCCACCCCUCCCUUACUUUCGUGCAUCCCUUCAUCAACCGAGCAACGCUGGCACCGAUCGAGCGGACAAGAUGGCUCGGCAUGGCCGAAUACCGCUCAAGCGGGCCACCAAUACUCAGAGGCGGCGCCGAAGCCAGCAAUCCCUUGCGCCGAUAUGAAAGCCGCAAUAUCCUCCAGACUGCGCAUGCAGACGGCACGCUCAAAGUCUGGGACGCAGGCCAUGGCGACGAAAUCGAAAAGGAAGCUCUUCUGCAAGUUGACGUCGCCCGUGCUGUCGGACGGCUAGAUAAUUUGGAAGUCACGCAGACGUCGCUGGCUGGAGCUACCGGCGAGCUAGCAGUCGGACUGAGAAGCGGAGAGCUAGUCGUCUUCAGAUGGGGCGUUAACAAGAACUGUGACCGGGAGCCGCCGCCUCCAAAACCGAAUGCGCCGGGCGCGCUGACAAACAUCAUCGAGAGGAGGGAACCAGGGCUCUCGGAAGGCUUGAUGCCGUUCACGCUGCUUAAUGAGCAGAAUGGGCCUGUAACCGCGCUGAAGCUGUCGGAUGUCGGCUUCGUGGUGGCAGGAUUUGAGGGCGGGAAAGUUGUUGUCAUUGAUCUGAGAGGUCCAGCAAUCAUCUAUAACGCGAGCGUGCACGACUUCAUCAAGCCAGACAGGCGCGGUAGCUUCCGGCGGCACAGCGAGCAAGCCGCGCCGAAAGCCGAGUGGGUGACAACACUGGAAUUCAGCGUCAUGACGCUCGAGGGCGACGACUACUCGAGCAUACUUCUCCAUGCAGGGACGAACAUUGGUCAUCUAGCAACAUUCAAGUUGCUUCCAGAUGCGGGCGGCCGCUACGUCGUCCAAUUCGCCGGCUCCGUCUCUCUGGACGACCGCAUAAUCUGCCUCGCGCCAAUUGUAGCGGACACAGGAAGACCCGCCUACGCCUCCCAGACCGCGGUCGCGAAUCUGCGCAGCGGCUUUAAAGUCAACGGUGUGCUGGUCGCAGUGACCGCAUCUGGCGCCCGCAUCUUCAAGCCCGCGGCCAGCAAAGGCGCGCAGAAGACGUGGGAUGAGUUCCUCUGCGACGCCGCCAGCGUGGUGCGGUUUGAGGAUCGUGGUGUAGCGCUGGUAGGUCUGUUUGGCGAUGGCCGCGCGAGAGCCUACUCUAUCCCUGCGCUCAAGGAGAUUGGCUCAGCAAAAGCGUCGCAUGUUCUUGAUGUCAGACGUUUUGCCGAUGCGACGAUUACGGGCUCGGGGGAUAUACUCGGUUGGACGGGGCCGUCGGAGCUGGCGUUGGUGAAUGUUUGGGGGACGGGGAAGGUGUUGGACAGGACCAGGCACACCCUUUGGAACCCCGACCUGACCAUCCCGCCCCGCCCCACCAUCUCGAACCUGCAGUGGAUAUCCGGAACCCAGUACAUCACGCCCUCAGACCUCGAUCUCCUGAUCGGCGGCCCCGACCGUCCGCCCUCAAAACGCCAGCUCGCACAAGCGCGGCAGGACGAGGCGGCUCGACGGCAAGCCGCUCGCACAAACACAAACGCUUCUUCUAGCAGCGCUGCUGCGGGAGGGGAGACGGAGGGCUGGAGUGCGUAUAUGCAAAGGCAGAUUAAUGAAAGGACUGAGAAGCUGAAUAUCAUGGGGGAUUCGAUGAAUAGGCUUGAGGGGAACAGUAGCGGGUGGGCGGAUGAUGUCAGUAAGUUUGUGCAGAAACAGAAGAGGGGGUUGGUUAUGGGGGCUGUGAAGAGUAGGUUUGGGCUUUAG